GAAAACAUUGCUGACCUAUUUUUGGUUUAAAAAAUUCAAAUACGUAAUUUCACAGAAUAAAAAUUCCACAUCAUAAAUUCAGUGCCUAAAAAAGUCCUAUUCUAGUGAUGCUGUAUUUAUUCCAUCAAACAGCAAAUACAGGCUUUAGCCAUCAGGUAUGUGAGUCUAUAUUUAACCAUUAUCAGCUGCCACAGUGUGAGUGUGCAGUUUACCAGAGCCGGCCCGGACCAAUCAGCAGCUGGAGAUGAGUGACAAGAGGAUGGGUGAAGGCUCCUUUGCAGCAGCUGAAAGAAGAUCAUUGAAAAAGGAGUAUUUCCCAGAAGUGACCUCAUCUCACCCACUCUCAGCAGAGCUGGUUAUCAAAUAGGCUCAGAGCCGUAACGGUCCACAAAAAGGAAGUACAGAAAUAAAAACGGAGGAAGGGGCGAGGAGAUGGAGAGGGUGAUGAAGUGAAGACAGCUGCUGGGAGCGUGUCAGUGAGGAUGGGUGAAAGGAGCAGAAGAAUGAUCAUGGUGUUUCUGCUGGUGGGAAUUUCAGUUUUCUCAGCAGAGGGCCAAACUCAGCUGGACGUGUGCUCAUCCUGCCACGCUAACGCCACAUGUGAGGACAAGCCGGACGGAUCCGGAAAAGUUUGCAACUGCAAGUACGGAUUUGUUGGAAACGGAAGAACCUUCUGUCAAGACAAAGACGAGUGCCAAAUAGGGGCCAAUAAGAUCUGUGGCCUACACACCACGUGCCACAACACCUACGGCAGCUACUACUGCACCUGCCUGUCUGGCUACAGCCCUUCUAACAGCAUGAAUGUCUUCAUCCCAAAUGAUGGAACCCACUGCCAAGAUGUAAAUGAGUGCAUGAUCACAGGGCUGUGUGGAGAGGGAGGUCAGUGUAGGAACACAGAGGGUAGCUUUGACUGCAGCUGCCAGGUGGGAUACCGAAUUCACAACGGAGCGGAGCCUUUUCACCCACAGAGAGACCAAGCAUCCUGCAAAGAGGUGGACUGUGGCCCACCAGCUGCAGGAGAGGACACGGCCGUGCUGUCUGUCUCUGGGACUACGUACGGCAGUGUGGUCACGUUCACCUGUGAUGAAGGCUUUGUGUGGAGGAGGGGAGACAACAGAUCUGUGUGUGGAGCUGAUGGGAUAUGGAGAGGAGCCACUCUGGUCUGUGAAGAGAUCUUGUGUGGAAAUCCUCCUUUGAUUGAAUUCACUGAGCAGGGGUGGAACCAUGACUCAGCUCCUGGAAGCGUUGUGGUUUAUGUCUGUAAAAAUGGUUUUUAUAGUAAAGGAGGAUCUAAUGAAUCCAUCUGUAAUAAAAACGGUCUCUGGACUCCUGUAACUUUGUCCUGUCAAGAGAUGCUCUGUGGAGGCCCCCCCGCUGUGCUCCACACCGUGCAGGUGUGGACUGGCAGCUCCACCCCUGGAAGCACAGUGGCUUACUUCUGUAAAACAGGAUUUUAUCAUCAUGGGGGUAGAAAUGUGUCCGUUUGCACACCUAACGGUUACUGGACACAGCCUGACAUUUUGUGUAAAGAGGUUGACUGUGGAGAGCCUUUACCCAUCCCUCACUCAGCCAUGCUGUGGGACAAACGCUCCACUCUGGGCUCUCAGGUUGUUUAUAAAUGUGACCACGGAUUCGCGAGCGUUGGAGAAGGAAACAGAUCAGUCUGUGCUGCCAACGGAGAGUGGGUCCGAGCUUCUCUGUCCUGUCAAGAAAUCAGUUGUGCAGAGCCCCUUUCCAAGCUGCAUGCUCAAAUGUUUUGGGACGGCACGUCACACAUUGGCAGCGUGGUCUAUUACCAGUGUGAGGAAGGAUUUUACACCAGAGGCCUGAUAAACCGCUCAGCAUGUGGAGAAAAGGGAUUGUGGGAGGAGGUUGAUCUUUGGUGUGAAGAAGUAAACUGUGGUCCCCCAAAGGUUUUCCCAAACACUAACCUCCUGUGGGACGGGAACAGCUCAGCGGGCAGUGUUGUUCUGUAUGAGUGUGCAGAAGGAUUUUUCCAGGAGAGCGGGAAUAAUGUUUCAGCAUGUUUGCUAUCGGGAGAGUGGGGGGCGAUAUCUGUAAAGUGUACAGCUAAAUGUGGCCCGAUUCCCAUCCUCGCUAACUCAGAGGUAGUGUGGCAUAACAGGAGUGUUGUGAUCCAUCGCUGUGCAGCAGGCUACCGCAGCUGGAGGGGCAGUAAUGUGUCUGUGUGUGGCAGCUCUGGAGAGUGGAGGAGAGCUUCCCUCAGAUGCAUCAAAAUGUUGCCACCUAUCAGUGACCUUGUGGUUUUUAAUGAAAACUGUCUGCAGUGGAAAGCAGGAAAGUAUGAAGAAGAUACAGAAGUUUACAAGGUGACUUAUGUUGGAAUCAGAGAUUACCAAAGAACCUUUCAAGACAAAGGAAAACACUUCCUGAGGUCUAAAUCUGAUCAGCUGACACUUUGCCUGCAACUGCUUCCAGUAACAAACUACAGCAUAUCAGUGACCGCAGCAUCAGCCAGAUUCAUGGCCGCCAUCACCACCAACACCAGUCUAACAGAGCCUCCAGCGCCAAUUGUCUUUUACACAGAAUUUGAGACUCCAAACCCAACUUUGAGGCUACAGAGAUCACCCAAUACAUUGGAUCCACUAAGUUUGUACCAAAUCUUUGUGCUCCCUGUUGAGGGCAUCAUGGAGUUUGACUGCUCCUCUCCUACAAGCUUAGACCUUGCUACCAAAUUAAAGCCCCCAGCAGAGUACAUCACUGCCCAGCUCCACGUCCAAAGUGUUGGACUAAAUCUGGACUUUACUAUAGGGGAUGGUGUCCUCUAUGGAGGCUUCUAUAAUGAACCACUGGAGAGUGGCAGAACCUAUUAUAUCAUCAUACGAGCUGUCAGUCAAUGGAAAACGGACUCAAAAAGUUGCUGUGUUCUGUGGGCUAAAGUAGCAGGUGCAUCAUACAUUCUGAGAGCUUCAUUGUUGUCUGCUGCUGCGUUUAUAGGACUGGUUGCCAUGGUUAUACUGGCGGGAUACAGUUUCAUCUGGUGCACCAAGAGGACUUAGUUCUCCUCAGUGCUGAUGUUUCCCUUCAGUGGUGACAGACAUUUAUAUUUUGAACUGUACAUUCUGUAAAUAACUAAAAUAGAUGAAAAAGGUUGUAAUAAAUGUAUGUCAUUGUC